AUGCGGCUGAAUAAUCGCCUACGUAAAAAGGCUCUCAAAUCUCACAAACCUAAACACUGGGAUGAGUUCAAGAAAGAACAGAACUUAGUCUCUCGUCUAGUCAAACAAUCUCACAGUAGUUAUCUGAAUGACAUUAUUGGCGCAAGCUUAGAUACCAAUCCAAAGAAAUUCUGGUUUUAUGUACGUACAAGUAAAUCUGACAGCUCUGGCAUACCUCCAUUAAAAUUCAACGACAAAUUAUGCGUUUCUGAUAAAUCAAAAGCUGACGCCCUUAACUUCCAGUUCCAUUCAGUAUUCACCCGUGAGAAUGCUCCAAUUCCAAAUAAAGGUCAAUAUCCAUAUACCUUCAUCUCAGAUUUCAUCAACUCCCAAGACGUAGCCAAGCAACUCUCUGAACUUAACCCCAGUAAGGCCUGUGAUCCUGAUGAAAUCCCAGCUAGAAUCCUUAAAAAACUUUCUUCAUCAAUUUCUUGCUGGCUUUGUUUCAUUUUCCAACAAUUCUAUGAUUCUGGUACACUUCCACCUGACUGGUCAAAAACCCUUGUUUCUGCUGUUUUUAAAAAGGACUUAAUAUCCCACCCAGCCAACUACCGUCCAAUCUCUCUGACGUGCCUGUGUUGCAAAGUAAUGGAACAUAUCAUUUUUAGCCAUGCAUGUUUCAAAGCACUUAGCAUAUCAUGAUAUUCUAAUUAAUGAACAACACGCAUUUCGCAAACUAAUUUCGUGUGAAACUCAACUAAUUACGCAAUCAACGAUUGGGCAUAAAGUAUCAGCCAGAAGAAACAAGCCGAUGUGAUUCUUUUAAACCUCAGUAAAGCCUUUGAUUCUGUUCCUCAUCUUCGUCUGAAGUCCAAAUUAGACCAUUAUGGUAUUAGAGGACUUUCCGCCAAUUGGAUCAAGGCUUUUCUUUCCAACCGCUCUCAAGUUGUCUCGGUUAAUGGCUCCCACUCUCGCCCUCAACCGGUCGUAUCUGGAGUACCUCAAGGAACAAUUCUCGCACCUGUAUUAUUUGUUCUCUAUAUAAACGAUAUUUCUGAGAAUAUUAAAUCCCAAACUCGUUUGUUUGCUGACGAUGGAAUCAUUUAUAGAGAAAUUAAUAAUGAUUAG